AUUUGUUGUGCCAUUGAUAAUAUUUUUUCUCUUUUACUUAAUUAUUUAAUCUGUUGUUUUUUUUUUAAGCAGAUGCUCAACAACAACCACAUUUUGAACCGCAACAACAACUACAAUCAGUGCAACAACAACCUGAAACACAACAAUUACAAUAUGUACAACAACAACCACAAUCAGGUAAAAAAAACUCAAUUUUUUAUUCAAUGUUUUGUUAAUAACAUGAACUUUCAACAAAUGUUUUCCCGAACACCAUCAUUGUCAAUGGCAGCAGCUGCCACAACUCUUGCAACAAUAACAACAACAACAACAACAACAACAGCAUCUUCGUCAUCAUCUGCUACAAGUGCAGCUGCUGCUGAUUUGUCAUAUGAGGCUUUAAUCAACCAGGGCCCAUAUCCUACUAGGCCCAUAGGAUAUGGGUCUCAAAUAAUGGGGCAGAUCUCCCCUCUUUUCGUUGGGGGAGAAGGAGAAGAAAUGGGAGGGGGUGUUACGUAUAAUUAUAAUUAUAAUUAAUUAUACAAAUUAUACAAAUAAAUAAAAUAAAAUUUUACAAUAAGCACUGUUGUUUUUCUUUACCCUUCCUAAGAUAAAUUUUGCCAAUGUUGGAAAUGAUUUUAAACAAUAAAGGCGUUUAUGACUUUUUUAUUUAACAUAUGGGUGCCUUACAGUAAAAAGUACCAAUCUUCUGAGUUACUGAUACAGUUGCAUAGAGUCAGGAAUAAGUCACAAAAUAAAACAAAAAUUAGCUUGAUAGCAUCAUUUUUAAAAGUUCUACAUAGUUUUUCAUGGAAGUGUUUUAAAAUGAAAUUACAGUAAAAAAGACUU